AUGGUGCAGGGUGGAAACGCGCGGUGCCAUCUGCCUCGCUCCGUGCUCUCCGCAGACCUCCCACAUGCGAGCCCGGCAGGAAAGAUGCUGCCGACUCUCAACAUUUGGGCUUUGGUUUCUCUGUCGCUUUGCUUCCUGAUUCAACCGGGACACACGAAGAAGGGGUUCCAAUGUCCUUCAACAUGCAGCUGCUCCAGGGAGUCCAUUAUUUGCGUCGGGUCCUCCAAAGUCCCACGGAUCAGCCCCAACGACAUCAGUUCUUUGAGCAUCGUCAAUGGGACUUUCUCUGAGGUCAAAGAGGCGAUGUUUGCACACAUGCCAUCCCUCCAGCUACUGCUUUUGAAUUCCAAUUCUCUCACAACUGUAAGGGACGAUGCAUUCUCAGGCCUUCCACAUCUGGAGUAUCUGUUCAUUGAGAGUAAUAAGAUGGAGACUGCAGCUAAAUAUGCCUUCAGAGGACUCAGGGACUUGACUCACUUGUCUUUGGCAAACAACAACAUCAAAGCCUUGCCCAGGGACGUCUUUAACGACUUGGACUCACUAAUAGAGCUGGAUCUGCGAGGUAAUGCCUUUGAGUGCGACUGCCGCGCCAAGUGGCUGAUGACGUGGCUGAAGAACACCAACGCCACGGUGUCGGAUGUCGUGUGUGCCGGACCGGAGGACAUGAAGGACAAGCGUCUCAAUGAUAUGAACAGCCUGCACAACGAAUGCGUCUCAACAGAUUUUGUCCUACAUCAGUCUGUGGAAUCGGAGUCUCUGUCAGUUGACACAUUCAGCUAUAAGAACGACGUCUAUGUGACCAUUGCUGCCCCCAGCGCAGAGAGCUGCAUGGUUUUCCAGUGGGACCACAUAGAAAUGAACUUCAGGACUUACGAUAACAUAACAGGUCAGUCCAUUGUCGGGUGCAAGUCAGUUGUCAUCCAGGACCAGGUGUUUGUUAUCGUGGCUCAGCUCUUUGGUGGCUCCCACAUCUACAAGUUUGAUGAGGACCAAAGCAGGUUCAGCAAGUUCCAGGACAUCGAGGUGUCCAAGAUCUCCAAGCCCAACGACAUUGAGGCCUUCCAGGUCGGCUCUGAUUGGUUCUUUGUGAUUGCUGACAGCUCCAAAGCGGGCCUGUCCACCCUCUACAAGUGGAACGAUAAGGGUUUUUACUCCUACCAGUCGCUGCAUGAGUGGUACCGUGACACAGAUGCAGAGUUCCUGGACUUGGAUGGGAGGGCCCAUCUCAUCUUGGCAAGCCGCUCGCAGGUGCCGGUGAUCUACCAGUGGAACCGAAGCAACCAGAAGUUUGUCCUGCAGAGCGAGAUCCCUAACAUGGAGGAUGUUGUAGCUGUAAAGCACUUCCGGAUCAAGGAGGAACUCUACCUGGCUAUGACGCGCUACAUUGGGGACUCCAAAAUUCUACAUUGGGGUGCCAAACAGUUUGCGGAGAUCCAGGCCUUGCCGUCGCGGGGAUCCAUGAUUCUCCAGCCGUUCUGUUUCAAAGAACGGAACUACCUGGCCCUGGGAAGCGAUUACACUUUCUCGCAGAUCUACGUGUGGGAUGAUGAGAACAAACUUUUUGAGCGUUUCAAGGAGGUCUACAUCCAGGCGCCGCGAUCCUUCACGGUGGUUUCCACCGACCGCAGGGACUUCAUCUUCACCUCCAGCUUUAAAGGGAACACACAGAUCUUUGAGCACAUCAUCAUUGACUUGAGCUUGUGAGGGCCAGUGCUUUUAUUGUCCGUCCUGCAAUCGAACGUCUUCCACUAAAGAGACACAUUUCUGUAAGGAAAAGAAAGGACCAGAACAGUUAAAUAUUUAAAUAUCAAUUUCUCCAAAUCCUUUUUAGUUAGGAAGGUUUCUUGACUGUUUCUCAAUGGCCUUGUCCUAUUACUUGUUCCCUCUCGGACUUCCAAAGACCAUUUCACAAAGACAGAGAACGGGAGUCAAGGGGGAGGACAGUUGGACGAGGUAUUCUCCUAAAAAUCCAGCUGGCAUUCCUCAGGGCAGAAAGAUUGGGAAUGUAAUUGAAACUGUUUAGGUGACUAUCCCCUGCACUAAUGGUUUUAAAUCCCAAAAAUAUACAACAGGACCUAAGAGAAACACCAUAUUAGUCAUUUUGUUUUGUUAAUUAAGGCAUGUAACAGGUGUGGUUGCUCAUCUGUGAGCCACUUCCCUAUUGUCCUCAUACCCUGUGGUCAUGUGCAGUUUGUUGCCUUACGAGCUCUGGUGUUCUGUGUUCUGAUUGGCCCACAGUGCCUCUCUCCGGCCGUGAUAAAGCAUCGCAGCCCUUUGCUUUUUCCAUGCAGGGAAUGUCUUCAAAGCACAAACCUUUAGUUAUUGGAGCCGAGACCCCAGCCCUAGAGUGUAGUUGUUAAGUGGAAGUUGUUACUGUAGGUGCUAUAGAUUAAAAAAAAUAUGAAGAGGUGGUUUGUUGUUUUAGGAGGAUCGGAUAUAGCUAAUGUAUUUUUAGAAAAACAUCUGAACGGACUAACCUCUUAGUCCAGAGGAAGCUCCUUAUCUCCAUGUAGUGUUUAGGUGAUGUCAGGGAAAUUAAACCUACUAAUAAGUUUGAGAAAUGAACCCCAGUUCUUACUAACAUACAUAACUUAGCUUUUCCUUUGAGACUGUAACUAUUAUAUUAUAUAUAAAAAGGCUCCUCGCUGCAGACGUGAAUUUGUUAAAAGGACAUCCUUUUUGUCCAAAGUGAAGGAAAGAAAAUGUUCAUGUAAAUAUGUUGUUGAGAGACUUUUUCCCUCUGUCCUUCUGUCCUUGCUAAUACUAAAUGUUGACUCCCAAGCUACCAGAUGUACAUACAACAUGGACUGCGAUGCCACUACCUGUUUAUCCCAUGAAAACCUGAACGAUCUUUGCACUUACUUCAAAAAAAUCAAAUGUUAACUGCAGCUUGCAAGAGCAUGACAUUCAAAAAA